AUGGCUGGUCCAAGCACGGGCCAAAACCUGUCCGACCUCCCGAAGGUGGCGCAAGACUGCUCGGUGGUCUUGCAGCGUCUAGAGGACGAGAUGCCCGACUUUAACUACAGGACGUGGUCGACCCACAGCUUGGCCAGAAAUGAGCAGCUCGCCAGAGCGGCAGGCUGCACGGAUGGGGCAGGUGCUGUGGCGCCCAUGGAUGACAAGGAAGAUCUGGAGGACCAUCAAGGUGACAAGCAUCGUGUGGUCGUGCGCAGUGCGGCCUACACAGUAACGUGCAAGGACCUGGAAAGUGUGCUCGAUGAGAAUUGGUUUAAUGACGUUGUCAUUGACUUCUACAUGUGGCUUGUGGCCGAGCGUGCCAAAGAAGCUCGAGAUGGGCGACGCAUCCAUGCGCUGACGACGCACUUUUAUGACGUGCUCAGAACAUGGGGCUAUGCGGCUGUGAGCCACUGGACGGACACGGUCGACUUGUUUUCUUUCGACAUGCUUCUAGUGCCAAUUCACAAGAACAACCACUGGUCACUCGCCGUUCUGAAUAUCGGAAACCGUACGUUCGAGCUGUAUGAUUCGUUGGGUCGUAAGAACUGGAAUUGUUAUCAGGUGUUGACGGCAUACCUGAGGAAAGAGCACCAGGACAAGCGGAAGUGCCCGCUCACGCCAGAGGCGAAAUGGCAAUGCCACUAUGUCCAGAACCUUCCCCAGCAGUCCAACUCCCACGACUGCGGCGUGUUUGUGUGCCUCUAUGCGGAGUGCCUCGCGAGAGGCGCACCGUUCAAUUUUUCGGCACGCGACAUUAAGCGGUUGCGAUAUAGAAUUGCGUUUGAGAUCAUGUCGGGGAAGUUGAUGGAUCACUGA